CAGGUACCUGUGGUACUUCAGAGUUGGGACCGGAUUGUAAAAUGCCAAGCCAACCCGAUGAGUACCCAGACGGAACAAUUUACGAAUACACUGUCAAGGACGUUAAGGGAAAGGAUGUCGAUCUCAGCAUGUACAGGGGAAAGGUUGUGAUGGUUGUUAAUGUUGCUUCCCAAUGUGGAUUGACGGAGGAAAAUUACACGGAGUUGAAUCAACUAUAUCAAAAGUAUAAAGAUCAAGGCUUGGAGAUUCUGGCAUUUCCGUGUAACCAGUUUAAUGCUCAGGAACCAGGAAGUAAUGAUCAGAUUCAAGAGUUUGCCUGCACUCGUUUCAAAACAGCAUUCCCAAUUUUUAACAAGAUUAAAGUAAACGGCCUUAAUACUGCUCCGUUGUACAAGUUCUUGAAGUUAGGCAAAUGGGGAUUCUUCGGAGACGAUAUCCAGUGGAACUUUGCUAAGUUUCUUGUCAACAAGCAAGGAAAACCUGUCGGUCGUUAUUACCCAACAACUUCCCCCCUUAGCCUUCAGCAUGACAUAAACAGGCUUUUGGAAGCCUCGUGA